AUGGAGCAUCCACGAUGGUUGUGGGGCCAGCCACCAGUUGCAAAAUCUACCGUUCCCCCUUCCAUGGCAUUGACACCUUUUUCACAUUUAGAAGUCGUUGGAACAUCGAAGGUAACCUUCUUUCUGAACGAAACCUACGAACGAAUUCUCAAAGAUGCAGGUUUCAGAAAAGUCGAAUUUCUACCACCAGUGAUCUCAGAAGAAGGACUAAAACUCUACGGAGAAGAAUUCUUUCAUUCAUAUCUCAAUCCACCAAAAGAUAUACAUCAUCAGAGCAAGCAAAUAAUGAC